AUUGACCAAUCCAUUACCCCGUACAAUCACUUCUCAUUCACAUCACAUUAUACCACACCCUCUACAAAAUGCUCCGUGCCAUCCUCCCCACCCUCCGAACCGCCCUCCCCCGACCCGUGGUCGCCCGAGCCAUCGCUCUCCCAGCACGACCCCAGGCCAUCAGGUUCUAUGCUGCCAGCUCGGGAUUGAACAAGGAGGACAUCACCAAGAGGGUAAUGGACGUCCUGAAAGAGUUUGAAAAGGUCGAUGGAGUCAAGCUCUCGCCCACCUCAUCCUUCACCAAAGACCUCGGCCUCGACUCGCUCGACGCCGUAGAGGUCGUCAUGGCCAUCGAGGAGGAGUUUGCCAUCGAGAUUCCUGAUGAGGAUGCUGAUGCCAUCACGAGCGUCGGACAGGCUAUCGAGUACAUCGCCAAGACCCCUGAGGCCCACUAAACGUAUCGGUUCGCUCAAUUAAUGGCUAGAUGAUCGUUAUGCCCUUCGACACGGACUACGGAUUGGGUGUCGAAUAGGAUGACGACUCAUAUACGGAACAGAUGCGCAUGAUUGUGAAGCUUCAGAGAAACGAAUGAUGUGGAAUUAUGACAAAAGUAAAAUAUCGUUCAAGAUGGUCCGUAAAGACCCUGGCACACCUUAUCGUCAGAUCGAAACACCACGUG